AUGAAGAAGAGAACUGGGAACUUACUCUUUCUUCUAAUGGGGAAGAGUACUGAUGAUGUAUCUCACAUGAAGAAGGGUAUUGGAGAUGAAGUCCCUCCCAUAAAGAGUUCUGAUGACUUUCCUCCCAUGAAGAAGAGUACUGGUGAAGCACCUCCCACGAAGAGUCCUGAUGACUUUCCUCCCAUUAAGAAGAGUACUGGUGAAUUACCUCCCAAGAAGAGUCCAGAUGACUUUCCUCCCAUGAAGAAGAAUACUGGUGAGGUACCUCCCAUGAAAAGUCCUAAUGACUUUCCUCCCAUGAAGAAGAGUACUGGUGAAGCACCUCCCAUGAAGAGUCAUGACGACUUUCCUCCCAUGAAGAACAGUACUGGUGAAGCACCUCCCAUGAAGAGUCAUGACGACUUUCCUCCCAUGAAGAACAGUACUGGUGAAGUACCUCCCAUGAAGAGUUCUGAUGACUUUCCUCCCAUGACGAAGAAUACUGGUGAGGUACCUCCCAUGAAGAGUCCUAAUUACUUUCCUCCCAUGAAGAAGAGUAUUGGUGAAGUACCUCCCAUAAAGAGUCCUAAUGACUUUUCUUUCAUGAAGAGUCCUGAUGACUUUCCUCCCAUGAAGAACAGUACUGGUGAAGUACCUCCCAUAAAGACUUCUGAUGACUUUCCUCCCAUGACGAAGAAUACUGGUGAUGUACCUCCCAUGAAGAGUCCUAAUUACUUUCCUCCCAUGAAGAAGAGUAUUGGUGAAGUACCUCCCAUGAAGAGUCCUAAUGACUUUUCUCCCAUGAAGAGUCCUGAUGACUUUCCUCCCAUGAAGAAGACUACUGGUGAUGUACCUCUCAUAAAUGAAUGUGCUACAGACUACAGUACUGCAAUGAAGCAGUGCACCAGCAAAUUAUAUGUGACCAUUACUAGCGCAUAG